AUGACUAAGAACAUCCGGCUCCGUGCUCACCUAUUCAACACCACCGUUCUUCCUGCUUUGAACUACGCUUCAGAAACGUGGACGUUUCGUAAGCAGGAGGAAAAUGCGAUCAGCAUCAUAGAACGCGGAAUUGAAAGGGUGAUGCUAGGAGUAACCCACUUCACGCAAGUGAAAGAAGAUAUUCAAAGUACGCUCCUACGUCACCGAUUGAAUCUCCCACGAGAAGGAACUGGGCAACCCUUGUGCGCGAUCGGAAAAAAUGGAAGUAUUACUGGUGCCCGCUCGAUCAGAUCGAUGAACAACGGGAGCACAGAUGACAGGCGAAAAUGCUGCGGAAUAGGCGAUUUAGGAGACGAUGCUUAUAUCCGAAUUCAUUUUCUUGGAAAAAGCCUCUUAAGUAUGCGUGCGGCUGCUUAA